AUGGAGACUCAGAACGCGACGGUCAAUUGGCACUAUUCCAGUCCCCAAGUCGCUGCCAUCAUCUCUGCAAUCUUAUGUUUGCUGGCGAUCCCUCUCAUUUACAAUGUGAUCUUCCACCCUCUGGCCCGAGUCCCGGGGCCUUUCUUGGCCAAGUUCAACGACUUCUGGCACGCAUACCAACUAUACACAAAUAUGAGACAUGAGACGCUCUGUCCUUUGGUGCGCUUGGGCCCGAGCACUGUCUCUGUGAACACCACAGAAGGAUUCCAAAAGGUUUACUCGGCGACAUCACCAAUCGACAAGUCGCCAUUCUAUCAGAGCUUCACCCCAGGUUUCCAAAGUAGUUUCUCUUCGAUGGGUCAUGCGUACAAAGAGAAGAAGUCUAUUCUCUCUCAAGCAUUUGCUCAGAAGAAGCUAGACGCCAUGGAACCAGCAUUCAUGGAGCAUAUUUGGAAGCUUUGCGAGGAAGGUACACUCUGGAGAUGGCCUUUGUUGCAGCGCCUAAUUCGAAAGUUCUCGUACAACCAUACGACGCGGGGCUAUCCAGCGAAGAUGGCGAUUGGCGCCAUGAUCAAACAGAGACAGAAUCCUUCGGGUAGGCAAGACAUAUUCAAUUACCUACUUACGGCUAAAAGUCCCACCACCGGUACGCCGUUUCCUGAUCGUGAGCUGUUCGGUGAAGCGAUCGUCAUGUUUGUAGCAGGGUCUGAUACCACAUCUACUGCGCUGUUGACAAUAUUGUGGCAUCUGUUGGCUCAUAAAGAUGCAUAUGACAAGGUGGCCUUGGAGGUUAGAUCUACAGUCACGACGCGUGAUGAAUUGAACUACCACAAGAUUCAGCACCUACCAUAUCUAAGAGCUGUGAUUGAGGAAGGAUUGAGAAUCUUCCCACCGAAUGCAGGUUUCAUUCCGAGACAGGUACUCCAAUCCGACGGAGCCUUCGUUCUCCACGGCAUACCUCUGCCAGUGGGAACGGAAGUCGGCGUUGCAAACAUGGCGAUGCAUAGGAACCCCAGGUAUUUUGAACGACCAAACGACUUCAUUCCAGAACGCUGGAUCGGCGAUGGCCAUUCUGCGGUAAAGGAUAAAUCAGCUUUCUCUCCCUUCUCCAAGGGCCCAAGGGCGUGCCUCGGAAGAACAAUGGCAUACAUGGAGAUGUCUAUAGCUUUGGCAGCAAUGUUUUUGGAGAUGGACAUGGAAUUUGAGGAUCCCGGUUCUGAGGCAAGACAGGGUUACACAGCGACGGAUUCUUUCGUUCUCGCAAUCUGGAGGGCAUUUGAGUCUCUUCUCUCGUGGGAAGCAGCCCCUCUGUUGCGAUCUCAGCAAAGCGACAGGGGCUGCAGCAGAAGCCGCUAA